CACGCAUAUUGCCCUAGCAGGAAAGGCACAUUGCUGAAAGCAAGAAGCUUGCAAAUCCCGACCGCGGGCCACCGUGUUUUGCUGAAACGAAGAAAAAGCGACGUAAUGCUCCUUUUUAGGGAGACCAUCAAUCAGACGGUCCGGGGAGGAGAGGGCGAGAUGGGCUGGCACAAAAACAACAGGGCAAUAGCGAAAUCCCUGUGUACACAAACAGCGUCUGCCCUUGAAACAAAACGUGCAGCCGGCCAAAGGCUAUUUUGGCGGAAAAUAUCGGGCCAAGCAGGAAUGCCCGCCUGCCACGCGUGGGAUUCGGCCCGCAUGGGCGGAGAGACACGCCCACCCCAGGUUCAGGUGCCGCCAAGCUGGCUGCCAGACAGCUCCGGUCUGCCCCUUCCGUCGCCUCCUCCAUCCGCCAUGCGGUGCACGAUCCAGGGCAGGCGCGUUUUUCGAUGGACUUACCCGUUUCAGUGUCCCUCUGGCGGGCUGCACCGAGCUCUGUAUGCCAAUAACGCGUUCUCCCUGCGUCGGCUGCCACGAAAUGAGAAGGUAGCAGAAGGAAAUGUCGCACAAAAAAGCCGCCAAGUGUAUUUGCCUGCUCUUCUUCCGGGCAAUAGCAGCGUGUGUAUGUUUCGCAAAGAGAGUACUGAAAAACGCAGGUCGUAAAAGAGACUAAUAGCGGAAAAUGGCGUGUAGUUUAAAAAAUGUCGACGCUAGUGCAAGGCAGGAGGGAGAAGGCAGUCGCAGAGGGAAGGGAGGUGGCUGCCCUACUGGCGCAGACUGAUCCCUGUUCCGAGUUCGGACACGUGAUUCGCG